UCUCUCUCUCUCUCUUCUGUUCCUCUUUUUCUUUCUCCUCCACUGCAGAUACGCUGUAUACACUACUGCAGCAAGUAGACGAAAAUUUCCCGGGUUUUUCUUCCCCUUCCCCUAUAAUUGUGCUACUGGGAUAGUCUACUUAGUAAUGCCUAUCGGCCGGGGUACUCACUCUUCCUAUACAAUUUCAGCUUCGCUGGUCUGAUUCUUUGUUUCCUUAAGCGGCUUUAAAGAAAGUUCCUGAUGCAAUCCCAAGAAUCUUUCUUGGCUUCUUGAUCUCUCUGCAAUUCCUUGCUUUGUCUUUCGUCUAAGCUUGGGGUACUUGAUGCAAUGUCAGCUUACACAAAAUCAAGUAAGGAAUAUUCUGAACCUGCUAGAACAAUGGGGCAUGAUGUGGAGUUCAAAAGGAAUUCAAGACAACAACAAUCCUCAAAUGCUGUAAAAGAGAAGAUCCUACCAAUUCAAGCACAUCAACGUUUGAAGUUUCACAAAAAGCUUGAAGUAAUCAACCCCUUUAUUCAGCUGUCCACUGAUAAUCAUCCUGAUGGGUUAAGACAGCAAAUGGAUGAUGAGCUAGUGAUACAGAAGAAGUCUUCAGUAGGUUUGCAAAAGCAGCAGCUUGUGUCAAAGACAAAUAAUGAGGAUGAUGAACUCGUCAAGCAUAUGUCUAAUUUGCCUGGCUAUCUCCAGCGAGUGGAAAAGCAGAAGAAUGUUCAAGUACAGGCUUUGAAUUUUGGAGUUCUUGAUUGGAAACGUCUAGAGAAAUGGAAGUACAACGAGCGUAUGCCAGCUAGAAGUCACCCAAAAGUAUCAUCAAGUGGUAAAUCCAUGGAUAUGGAGAAUGGAAAAUCUGCACUGUCAAAAACCUCUGUUGGUAGAAAACAACAGAUGAUGUCCAGCACUGAAAUGAAAUUGUGUGAUGAUGUCCAGCAAUCCAAAGGGAAGUUAAAAAACAUCCAAUAUCCUCAAACUCGUUCAGGUCGCACCGCUGCUGGGCAGAAAAAAGAUUAUUGUCAAAAGGUGAAAAAUCCCAGCAGCAGUUGUCCUCAGAUGAAUCAUGAGAAGGGCAAGAAGAAAGAGGCGGAUUGGACCACAUCACAGCAAAAAGCAGCAUUAUCCUUGGAUCAGAUGGAAAAUAGCAUCUCGAUGUCUUCACUUCCAAUGUGUUAUCAGCAAGGUAAAAUUGGGACUGGAAGAGAUGAUGACAUAAAGGGUCGUCCCAUAUCUUCCAAUGCUGAACUUCAAAAUAUAGUGCUUCUAGUGCCCAAAUGUCCUUCCAAAAGGCGUUCCUCACAGAAUUCUCGGUCAUUAGAAUCGAGAAUAUCACCUAAUGAGCAGUUGACAAAGCACGCUAGGGGCAGAUAUUCUGAUUGCUUUUCUUCUCUUGAGCUUCAAUCUGGAGAACUCUACAAUGAAAUUCCAUGUUCGUUUCCCAUGCCCGCUAGUGUUGCCACUGCACGAGACAGAAAACCAGGUUACUGCAUGCAGCCACGUAAUAAUAAUAACUCAAUCAACUCCCAGUCAUCUGAAGCCAAAUGUUUGCAUUCAAAACUUUGCAAUGUUGGUUGUCCAGCUUCAGUUGAUGCUUGUGAAGUGACGGAGUUGAAUACUGCUAAGGAAACAAAUUCCAGGACAUCGUCUCAUGGACAGUUAGCAGAUGGCAACAGGUUAUCAUAUUCUGGUGAUUUUUCUUCUCAGGAGCUUCACAAGAGAGAACUCCAAUAUGAAAUUCCGCAUUCCUCUCCCCUGCCUGCAACUGUUGCUAUUUCCCGAGGCAGGGAACCAGAUGUUUGGAUGUAUCCAUUUCAAUGUGGUAUCUCAAGCGAGCCCGGAUCAUCUAGAGCCACAUGUUCAGAAGAAAAAAGCUACAACCUUGACGAUUCAGUUUCAGUUGAGAGUUUUAAGGGAACGAACUUGGAUUUUGCUAAGCAUACAGCUGAUAAAAGAAGACAUCCAUCACCUAAUAGGAGGUUUAGUUUUAGCUUUGGUAGAUUAAGCAGAAGUUUCAGUUUUAAGGAGAGUUCGGCAGUUCCAGCAUUGAGCUCCACACCUCUUGCUGCUAAGUCCAGUCGAGAAAACCCAGAGGUUUUUGCUGCUAUUGACGACAGUAAAAUGGACAAGGCAAAUUCUAGUGGCAGAAGACGUCCAAGUCCGUUCAGGAGGUUACUAGACCCAGUGUUGAAAUCCAAGGUUGCUCAUUCUACUGAAGCAGUACAGAGCAAGGGAGCUAUAGAAAAAAACUCCAGUUUUGGGAGUGUGCAGCCUAUCAGCAAUAGUAAGCCACUUUCCAAUGAGACAAAUCAGGCAUCACCUGUUCAAGCUCUUAUGCAACUUACUGUCAAGAAUGGACUCCCUUUCUUCAAAUUUGUGGUUGAUAAUAGGAGUGACAUUCUAGCUGCUGCUUUCAUGAAAUUAAGAAGAAAGCUGGGGGCUGGAUAA